GAUACUUACCUGUGUGCUCCAGGACUCCUCUGCUCACCUGCUCAGCUCGCCACUCUCCAGGAUCAGCGACGUUCACCUCUCCGCCGUUGCACUGCUUCAUUGCCUCUAUCGCUCAGCUGUCUGCUCUGCUGCUCUGCCUCAGCCCUCCCCAGCUUUCCCCACUCAGCAUUCCUUCACUCCAUUCAUAUUCUUUGGUGAAAAAAAUCUGUUAAACUGGUUCUGUCUCUGAGUUUGCAUCUUGGAUCCAAAAGAAGGAAACAGUUGUGGUCCUCAAAGGAGUGAUGAAAUUACACCUGCCCAGGACAGCCGUGGAGAAGGUCACUGAGUUCACUGAGAAGGUACAUCUAGCUCAACACAUUAAAACAUGGCAGGACGGCAGUGGCGGCACGGCAGACACAAGAAGAUCAGGGGUCACCUGCAGGCGGCAGGGCGGAGCCUUGCUGCCUUCCUGCUGGGCCUGCUGCUGGCCUCACUGUACGGUGUCACAGUGCUCUUCGUGCAGCAACAGCCACUGUGGUUCUGUGCCUACAGCACGUUGGGCGUGGCUUUGCUGGCUGCCUUCGGCACAGGCCUUUCAGCCAAUGUACGUGCUAACAUCAUGCUCAUGCUGCCCUUGCUGUGCUCAGUGAGUGGCAGGAACUUCCUGUUGUUCCUGAGUGUGUCGGUGCUGCUGGCUGGCCCGCUCUCCAACACUCUGGACAACAGUGAGCGAGUCGCCACCAGCCUGCUGUGUGCGGCGGAGUUAGCCGCCAAUCAAACCCAAGAACUGAUGCAGAGAGCAGCCACGCCGCUUUUCCCUGUGUUGGACCGAAUCAGAGAGAUCACCAGUAACGCUCACGCUGUGGCAGGCAGAGUGCACAACUUCAUCAAUGCUCUUAGUGACAAUGUCCGCCAUGUUGCUCGCACUCUGAGAAACGUCCUGCAUUUCCUGGUUGACAUCGGAGACGUGUGCAACGCCAAGCUGGGUUCGCCGUAUAGGAAGUGCCAGGCGGUUUUCACCGAGGCACGCACUGACUGCACCGAGCUGCUGGGACAGUUCAACUUCCUAUGUGAAAUCAUAAACGGCCUCCUGCCACUGUGCAGUAUCGCCCGCGUGGGUCAGCUCUUCUGCGUCCUUCCCUCCUACAUUGCGAGCCACCUCAAGAAACGCCUGGCGGAGCCCACUGCCGCAGCGUUUGAGCACAUGAAGCAGCAGUUCGAUUUCAGUGUCUCAGCCUCGGUGACCUUCGACCUGGAUGUGAACAGCAGCCGCUCACUGGCAGAGAUGUCACAGCAGAUCAUGCAGGAGGUUUCUUCUGAGCUGGGAAGCUUCCGGAAAUGGAGUGAAUUGCUGUCAUACGGAAGUCUCGUCCUGCUGGCCUGGACCUACCUGAAGGCGAUGUGGUACAGACGCAGGUAUCUCCAUCAGAACACCUUUGACAACGUUUAUAUCACUGCUCAGUUUGAAGAGCUGGAUCAACAGCUGGCCAGAAAGGGUGGAGCCUCUGUCCUGCCAAUCACCCGCAAGGAAGCAACAACCUACAUCACACCACUGUCGUGGCGGCUGGCAGUGGCGGAGCGGCGGGUAGUGGCCCUCAGCAUGCUCUCGGUGCUCAGCCACAUGGUGGUGGGUGCUGUGCUGGUGUUUCUGGACCUGCUGGUGUUCUGGAUGCUGGAUCAGAUCCAGCAGCUUGUGAAGGGAGACAUUGUUGCCAGAGUGCCAGUCGUCCUGGCGGUGCAGGUGAAUGGAUCCGGAUAUGCCUCAGACAUUUUCAAGGAUGUUGUGGCAGCUUUCAACAUCCUGCAGACAGGAAACAUCACUGUCAUCAGCAAGAAGUGUCUGGUGGAGCCGACAGAGCCACACUACACAGGAUAUGCUGUUAUAGGCUUCCUGUACGGCCUUGCUCUGCUCUUCUCUGUGGCCGGUGGCUUUGUGCAGCGCAGCAGACGAUGGAUAUGCUCCAUAUUCCAUCCAGAGAGAGAGGAGGAGAGGAUCCAGUUCCUCCACGACCACAUCCUAGAGCAAAGGAGGACUGAAAGCAGAGCCCUGAGGAUGACUGCAGCCUUGAGCCGAGCUGAGCAAGCAGGAGGAGGAGGGGGAGGAGGGAGCAGCUGCUUACGGACGCUCCUGCUAUGGUUACCUGGUGGUUUCUUCCUGUCCGACCUGCUCAAUCUGUCAGUUGUCUGUCUGUUCUGUGGUGAGGCAGAGAAGCAGGGGGGCAGCAACAUGGUUGCCUGCCCCGUCCCACAGUGCACAGGAAUGUACUGUCAGACAUGUUUUCAGAGCCUGGAAAACAAAUGUGUGCUGUGUGUGGGACCUCUGACCUGCGAGGAAGACAGCCAGACUGAGCUUGAUUCCAGUGAUGAGGAGCAGCUGGGGGCACAGGUGCUGAACUUGCCACACACCUCACAUCACAGAGGUAACAAAGGUAGGAAGGUAACGAAGAGGAGGGUCUCCAUGGCAACCGAUCACUCCACGCAGACCCGAGCCCAGAUCAGCAGCCAUGAUGGGAGGCGAUGCAGAGAUGACACAGACAGUGACAGCAGCAGACACAUCAGCUUGUACUGUGACUCUGAACACAGUGAGGCAGACCUGAGCGGUCAGAGACAACAGAGGGACUCUGCCAGCGACGCCUCCUUCCACACACCCAGAGACUCACUCCAGGCCAUCAUCAUACACCAACCCAACUGUCCUUAACCCCUCCACGUCCUCCAGGAAUCUCAAGGACCCUCCAGGGCUCUGGCACAAGGACUUUGUGACUUUUACUGUUUAAUUACAUUUAUUAAAGGUCAACCCUAACCCUAAUUCACUGGAACUGUUACAAUACAGAAAAUGUACAAAGGUUCAUUUUUACAUUUUCUUCUUUCUGGUUUAAUCUCACCAUGAUUUGUCAGUGCUCAAAUAUGACACUGAAACAAUUUUCACUUGAUUUUGUUAAAAAAAACAUGGGGGAUUUGACUUUGAACUUCAUUAUGUCUGCUGAUAUAACACUUCUGCUCAAUAGGAGCAUUGUGUGAUUAGUGAAAGUAAACUUAAAUGCAUUCUCAGAUCAAGAAGACUGUGUGCCAGGAGCAGCUGAGCGGAAACAGACAUAGGGCUCAGAGGGAACAGAACAUAAGUAGAAAAGUAGUGCAAAAGUAUUGCAAGAGAAUGCAACAUUUAUUGCAGAGAAUGCAAAACAUAUUGUGAGAGAACAUAAAAUGUUGAUAUACAAUUAUAUUAGAUUUGAAUUUGGCCAUUUUUAUUUAUUUAUUUAUUUUUUAUCAGUUUUAAUUAUA